AUGUUGUUGAUUUUCCUAUUUGUAUUUGUUAAUUCUGCAGCAUCAGAAACUAGCUAUCAUGAAGAACAACGUCUAGAACGUGUGCCGCAUUUUUUGUCCGUCCCAUCUAACAGUAGCUUCCGUGAAGGCUCAGCUGUUCGGCUUACUUGUGAAGCAACAGCUAAACCGAAACCAAUAAUGACUUGGCAUUUCAAAGGCGAACAAAUUCGUCCAACUUACAAGUAUUCAUUGAAUUUGAACAGUUCUGUACUCAGCAUCUAUCCAUUCCAGAAAAGCGAUGUUGGGAAAUACAUUUGUGUAGCGAGCAAUCAAAAUGGUCAAGUUCAACACUCGUUCGAGUUACAAAUCCUCAAUAACUCAGCUCCACUUAUAGUGGAUAGACCGGAAUCAAAAGUGGUUAAUCCUGGCCAACAGGUCACCUUCGUUUGUCGGAUUUCCGGACAGCCACCUCCAUCCGUGAAAUGGUACUUUAAUGGUGUGGAAAUAUCGCAUGACGAUCUACAUAUUGAGCUAACUCAACGAGAUAAUGAGCUGACGAUAAUUCAUGCUACGCGAGAAGAUGAAGGUGUUUAUCAAUGUAUUGCACGCAAUGCUCUGGGAAUGACAAGCGCUAAUGCAACCCUUAAAGUUUACCUGCCAAAUCAACAUAUUCUAGAUGAAUCCUUAACCAAUGAAGUUCUCGAAAAUAUUGUCAAACAAGCUAAAGAAAAUGUUAACAGAGCAAUAAACCAGUCAAAAUCAUCAAUUAACAUUGGUGAAAUGUCGCCAUGGGAAUUCAUGAAAAUGUUUAAAUUCAACGUACCACAAGAUGCUGCACUCACCAAAGCACGAGAAAUCUAUGAGCAAAGUUUAUUACUUGUCCAACAGUAUGUUCGUGACGGUUUAAAAUUCCCAAUUAACCAGUUGCCAAUGAAUUUUUCGUUCGAAUCGAUUCUGGCCGUAUCGAAUAUCCAAACAAUUAUGGAACUUUCCGGAUGCGUAACUGGACCAUUUCGAAAUCCGUGUACUGACAUGUGUCUAUACUCCAAAUACAGGACAUAUGAUGGACAAUGCAACAACAUGGAGCAUCAGUUUUGGGGAGUUGCACAAACACCAUUUCGCCGAAAUUUACCACCUAUAUAUGAAAAUGGUUUCAAUACGCCAGUUGGAUGGAAUCCUGAAAAACUUUAUUUUGGAUUCAGGAAACCAAAUCCUCGACUUGUUUCUAUGAAGAUUAUCUCAACCGAAGAAAUAACUCCGCAUUUUGGUUAUACUGCCAUGAUGAAACAAUGGGGACAAUUUCUGGCACAUGACAUCGAGCAAACAGCGCCUGGCCUGGCACGCCAAACAUAUAUGAAAGGAGCAAUAUGUAAUAAAACUUGCGAAAACUUGGAUCCAUGUUACAAUGUCCCGAUGCCUCCAGAGGACCCUCGUAUGCAGGGCGAGAAAAAGCCCGAAAUCUCAUGUAUUGAGAUGGAGCGAUCCAGUGCAACUUGUGGUUCCGGUCAAACUGGUCCGAUUUACCGACAGCUUACCUAUCGUGAACAAAUGAACAUCUUAACUGCAUUUAUCGAUGGGUCUGGUAUCUACGGUAGUGCAGAAGUGGAUGCCCUAAAUUUACGUGAUUUAUUCGGUGACCAUGGCCUGCUGAGAUUUGACAUUGUAUCAGAAACUCAGAAGCCAUAUUUACCGUUUGAACGCGAGUCGUCCAUGGAAUGUCGUCGUAAUCGUUCCCAUGAAAAUCCGAUCAGCUGUUUUUUAGCCGGUGAUUAUCGAGCCAAUGAACAGCUAGCACUGCUUAGCAUGCAUACAUUAUGGCUUCGAGAACACAAUCGUAUUGCGACGAUAUUUCUGGAAAUAAAUCCGCACUGGGAUGGUGAGACCAUAUAUCAAGAAACGAGAAAGCUGAUCGGAGCUAUGUUACAAGUAAUUACCUACGAACACUGGUUGCCUAAAGUGCUUGGACCGGAUGGAUACGCAGAACUUAUUGGGCCAUAUAAAGGAUAUGAUCCAGAAGUGAACCCUACUUUAGCUAAUAGCUUCUCGGCUGCUGCUUUGCGAUUUGGACAUACAAUUGUCAAUCCAAUUUUAUAUCGCUUGGACAAAAAUUUUGAACCAAUCAAAGAAGGUCAUAUACCAUUACACGAGGCUUUCUUCGCUCCUGAACGAUUACUAUCAGAAGGCGGAAUUGAUCCUUUGUUGCGGGGAUUGUUCGCAAUGCCUAUGAAGACUCCAAAGGAACAACAAUUGGUCAAUAAGGAAUUGACGCAUAAAUUAUUUAGCCGUGUCGAAGAAUCUAUGUACGACCUGGCAACAAUCAACAUCCAACGCGGCCGUGAUCACGGAUUGCCCGGGUAUGUCGCAUUCCGGCGCUGGUGUAACUUCAGCGUUCCAGAGACAUGGGAUGAUUUAGCAGAUGAUGUACCGAAUAACAAUACACGAGCUAAGCUUAAAGAACUCUACGGACACCCUGGCAAUAUUGACUUGUGGGUGGGCUUAAUUUUGGAACGACGGUUGGCUGGAGCUUUAGUUGGACCAACAAUCGGAUGCAUCCUUGGAGACCAGUUCAGGCGCUUACGUACGGGAGAUCGGUUUUGGUAUGAAAACGAAGGUGUUUUCACACCUUUACAACUUCAGCAAAUUCGGAAAACGACACUAGCGGCUGUGCUAUGUAACAGUGGUGAUCACAUUCAUCGCGUACAGAGGGACGUGUUCGAGUACAGAGGGGACCGGUCCAUUAAAUUUUACGAAGAUUGUGAGCUGGUGCCUCAAAUUAAUUUAAAUGUUUGGCAGUCAUGUUGUGACAAGGGUUGUGCUUCAUACAGUGCAGAGGAGAGUAUAAUCCAAAGCAGGAAACGAAGAGCUCAUAAAACACAUGGAAAACAUAUGUGUAACGUAGAUGAUGGGAUGAAAAGAGAUGGCGACGUCUGGAAACCGGAUCAGUGUACAACAUGUGAAUGCAAGGCUUGUUGGUCAAAUAUGGUGUUCCGUUGA